AUGUUUGCCCAACGCUGCUCGAGAUUCUUCAUCGUCAAACCUGUCGUGCCCUCGGCAUCAUACCUUAACCGAGCGAGUAGGACAUUCUCGACGACUGGUGCAAAGAGCUACGAGACUAUUCUCACCGAGACCCCGAAGCCCAAUGUUGGACUGGUCACUCUGAACCGCCCCAAGGCCCUCAAUGCCCUCUCCUCCACUCUCAUUGCCGAACUCAACGAUGCCCUGAACAGAUACGAAGAAGACAAAGACAUCGGAGCCAUCGUUAUCACCGGUAGCGAGAAGGCCUUUGCCGCCGGCGCCGACAUCAAAGAAAUGGAACCAUUGACCUUCUCCUCCGCCUACGCCCAAAAUUUCAUCGCCCCCUGGUCCCACCUCGCCAACGCAGUCCGCAAACCCGUCAUCGCCGCCGUCUCCGGCUACGCCCUCGGUGGAGGCUGCGAGCUCGCCCUCAUGUGUGACAUGCUACACUGCACUUCCUCCGCUACCUUCGGACAGCCCGAGAUCAAACUGGGUGUUAUUCCCGGUGCCGGUGCAUCGCAGCGUCUUACCCGGGCCAUUGGAAAGAGCAGGGCGAUGGAGAUUGUCUUGACGGGGAACAACUUCAGUGGAAAGAAUGCCGGGGAGUGGGGUCUUGCGUCGCAGGUUGUUGACGGGGGUAAGGAUGAGUUGUUGGAGAAGUCAAUUGCGACGGCGGCGAAGAUCUCGAGUUAUAGUCGAAUUGCCGUGUUGGCGGGCAAGGAGGUUGUGAAUAAGAGUCAGGAGUUGCCGCUCAAGGAGGGCGUUGAGUAUGAGCGGAGACUGUUCCACAGUCUUUUCGGGACGAAGGAUCAGAAGAUUGGAAUGAAGGCCUUCUCUGAGAAGAAGAAGCCCGAGUGGAGUCACGAGUAA